CACGAUAAACGUCAGCAGUAUCGUAAUGAUCUUCGAGACAUAAAAAUUUUGAUCUCUUUUUUUUUUUUCAUAAGCCGCGAUUAUUUUUCAUAGAUCGCGUCUUCAUUUUACUUAGAGUCCUUUUUAGAAUCAAUUAAAGACUUUUUUUUAAGUAGUAAAAUUAAUAAAAAUCAUGUUACCUACCACUAAUCCAAUAACGAUCUCUCAGAAUACCACAGUGAUUGUUCAUCCUUUGGUACUUUUGUCUGUGGUUGAUCAUUAUAAUCGUGUAGCUAAAAGUACUAAAAAACGUGUCUUAGGGGUUCUUUUAGGACAAAACAAUAAUAAAACUGUCAACGUAGCGAAUAGUUUUGCUGUACCCUUUGAAGAAGAUGAAAGAGAUCCAUCUGUUUGGUUUUUGGAUCAUAAUUAUGUUGAAGCCAUGAAUGAUAUGUUUAAGAAAGUUAAUGCUAGGGAAAAGAUGAUUGGAUGGUAUCAUAGUGGACCUAAACUUCGCGCAUCAGACUUGGAAAUUAAUGAAUUAUUUAAAAGAUAUACUCCAAAUCCAGUUUUAGUUAUUGUAGAUGUAGAACCAAAAGAUAUAGGCAUACCCACUGAUGCUUAUUUUGCUAUCGAAGAAAUCAAAGAUGAUGGAACAGCUACUACUAAGACAUUUAUGCAUGUUCCUUCACAAAUUGAUGCAGAAGAAUCAGAAGAAAUAGGUGUAGAACAUCUUUUACGUGAUAUUAAGGAUAAUGCAGUUGGUACAUUAUCAACUCGUGUUACAGAUCAAUUAAAUUCUUUAAAAGGCUUACAAUCUCGUCUUGAAGAAAUUCGAGAAUAUUUACAAAAAGUUGUAAAUCGCCAGUUGCCAAUUAAUCAUCAAAUAAUUUAUAAUCUUCAAGAUAUUUUUAAUUUAUUACCAAAUCUUAAUGUCACUGAUACUGUCAAAUCAUUUUCUGUAAAAACAAAUGAUCAAUUAUUAGUAAUUUAUUUGUCUUCUUUAAUUCGUGCUGUUAUUGCUCUUCACAAUUUAAUUAAUAACAAAAUCGAAAAUCUUAAAGGUGAAACUGUUCAACCAAUUGAAGAAGAAAAGAAGGAAGAAAAUAAAGUUAAAGAGAAAGACACAAAAGAAGGUGCUGAGGUCAAGGAAGGAAAAAAAUAAAGUUUUGUCUUGUAGAAUUUCAUUUGUUAUUAAAUUUAUAUAUGAUUUUGUAUUAUGUUUGGUCAAUUAAAAGUGGUUUUUUUUAUUAAUA